UCAUAACGCUUUGCCCGUGAGCAUUGUGGGUAAGAGUCUCUCUCUCCGGUCAAAAUGUCUGACAUGGAAGAUGAUUUCAUGUGCGAUGAUGAAGAGGAUUAUGACUUGGAAUACUCUGAGGACAGCAACUCUGAGCCCAAUGUUGAUUUGGAGAAUCAGUACUACAACUCUAAAGCCCUCAAAGAAGAUGAUCCUAAAGCGGCUCUGAGCAGCUUUCAGAAGGUGCUGGAACUGGAGGGUGAGAAAGGAGAAUGGGGCUUUAAAGCACUGAAACAGAUGAUUAAGAUCAACUUCAAACUGACAAAUUUUCCUGAAAUGAUGAACCGGUACAAACAGCUUUUGACGUAUAUUAGGAGUGCUGUCACUAGAAAUUACUCUGAGAAAUCCAUCAACUCUAUUCUAGAUUAUAUCUCAACCUCCAAACAGGCAGUGUCAAAGAAGCCAGAGAAAGCCAGAGUCUCAGUUGUUGUAAUUGUUAUGGACUUGCUUCAAGAGUUUUAUGAGACCACACUGGAUGCUUUAAAAGAUGCCAAAAAUGACAGACUUUGGUUUAAAACUAACACCAAGUUGGGAAAGUUGUACCUGGAAAGAGAAGAGUUUGGAAAGCUUCAGAAAAUCCUCAGGCAAUUACACCAGUCAUGUCAGACGGAUGACGGAGAGGACGACUUGAAGAAGGGCACUCAGCUGUUGGAGAUCUAUGCUUUGGAGAUUCAGAUGUAUACGGCACAGAAAAACAACAAGAAGCUAAAGGCCCUCUAUGAGCAGUCAUUACACAUCAAAUCAGCCAUCCCACACCCACUCAUCAUGGGAGUCAUCAGAGAAUGUGGUGGUAAAAUGCACCUGAGGGAGGGCGAGUUCGAGAAGGCACAUACAGACUUUUUCGAGGCAUUCAAAAACUAUGACGAGUCUGGAAGCCCCAGACGAACCACUUGUCUGAAGUACCUGGUCUUGGCCAACAUGCUGAUGAAGUCUGGAAUCAACCCAUUCGAUUCUCAAGAGGCAAAACCUUACAAAAAUGAUCCAGAAAUCCUGGCAAUGACAAACCUAGUAAGUUCCUACCAGAACAAUGACAUCACAGAAUUUGAGAAAAUCCUAAAGACGAAUCACAGCAACAUAAUGGACGACCCCUUCAUCAGAGAACAUAUUGAGGAAUUGUUACGGAACAUAAGAACGCAAGUGCUCAUCAAAUUGAUUAAGCCUUACACUAGGAUACACAUACCAUUUAUUUCAAAGGAAUUGAAUAUUGAUGUUUCAGAUGUGGAAAGCUUGCUUGUGCAGUGUAUUUUAGACAACACAAUCAACGGUAGAAUUGACCAGGUCAAUCAGCUGUUGGAGCUCGAUCACCAGAAAAGAGGCGGAGCCAGAUACACCGCUCUGGACAGAUGGACCAAUCAGCUGAACUCUCUCAACCAGGCCAUUGUGAGCAAACUGGCUUGAUUCGACACUGGCGAUCGCGGAGAACUAAUACACCCAUCAGGCAGCCGGUCCAUUCGAGGCUGUCAGUGACAUUAACUACUUUCAAGCCCUUUACUCCCCCGAUCACAGAUUGACUUGAAGCGGGAGCGUAAUUUGGCUAGUUUGUAUUUUUACAGCUGUAGUCACUUAAGUCAGUUUUAAAUGUCCCUAACAAAGCAGAAGUUGCCACAGGAUGUCUGCUGUGCUGAUUUGUUAGGUCUCUAAUAUGAAUAUGUUUGCAUCACCUGGAAAAAAUACUAUUUCAAUAACACAUAUUGGCAGACAUUUUAAAUUGUUUGUCUAAAAUGGAAAGCGUGAAGACGUGCUGUGUGAAAUUGAGUCAUUUAUCUGUUGAACUCUGUCUGUCUCUUGUUAGAGUCAGCAUGUUUUACUUGGUUUGCAUAAGAUUCAGUUGAGUUUUAUGAUGUUGCACCGCAGCACAUGCGUAUCGAAAGUGCCGUCAUUGCUAGAAUUCCUCACCAAACUUUACAGAUCUGUUGAAACUUUAAUGCUGCCUGGGCUCUUCUGUUUCACUUUUCAACAACAAAAAUAAAGAAUGCAUUUGUUGCUUCAGCGGAAAA